UGGGGUCCCAUUAUUCGAAAUGAAUAGGAGUAUUCUUGAAGUUUAGUCGGUGGUUGAGUGAGGUGGGAAAAAAAGUUUUGAACCCUUCAAAAAUCAAACAAUAAGUACACUUUACCCCACUUAAAUUGUCAGAACAUAAAAUCAUUUCUAUCAUCCGCUCCAUUUUCUGGAGUUACAAAUAUAAGAUAUUCAAUUAUUUUUAUAUAUUUCAAUGCGGCCAUUUUUGGUAAAAGGGGAGGAGAAUUAAGAUGAAAGGAGAAACUGCAUUGAUAACUGUUGAUUGCUUAAGAGGCAGAUUACUAGCUGAAAGGGCUUCUUCUAGAGCUGCUGAACACAAUGUUGAGCUUUUGGCUAUUAAGUUGAGUGAGUUAGAGGAGCAGGUAAAGAUUGAGAUGAAGUUGAGAAGAAAAGCAGAGAAGAAGCUAAAUUCCCUGAGAAAGAAGCUUGAAUCUUUAAACAUUCCCAUGAAUAAAAACAUUGAGGAAUCUGAAUUGAGCUCAUCAAAUGCUUCUGAUGAUGUUUCUUGCAUGUCAUCGAUCACUUCAACAAGUUUUAAUCAAGAAGAAGAUCAUCUUCUUCCUGGGCUUCAAGGUUCGAAAUCGAGCUCGAUUAACAGUGAAAUUGCAGAGGAAAUUACAGAAUCUGAGAUUAAUUUGGUGCAAAAACGCCAAGAUCAAUGUGAGCGACAAGAAUUGGAUGAUGAUUGUCACGGAUUGAAGCAAUUAGCGUUGGAGGAGAAAAGCAACAAUGAUGAAAUAGAGGAGGAUGAAGAUAAAAGUGAUGUUGAUAAUUCAAUGGCGUUGGUUACAAUGAGCCCUAUUGUUGAACCGGUCAAUUCUUCAUCAAAUGGGCCAUUGCCUUUGGAGGUCAAAAGUGAAAAUGUGAAACAAGUCCUUGACAACUUAAAGCUCAUUAGAGAUAAUCUUCGAAACUCGUUGGAGCAAAGGCGUUUUAUUAAAGUUGCCUAAUCUUUUUUUUAAAUGAUAUAUAUGCAGGAUAUAGGACUACAAAUAAGCAUUUAAUGAUCUUUUAAAUUAGAAUUAAUUUAGAAAUGUAUGAUAAAAUUGCGCGUCAAUCAGUAUUAUUAAUACUCCGUAUUUAAUA